UGCGGUUCCCACGUAUGUCUCUUCCCCCAGGCAUGCCGAGUUGUUGGCUUUCAGUUCCUCUUCUUGCUGAAGCUGAACGCGGCACGGAAACAUCAAGGAAAGUGCCUGGGUCGGGAAGAAUUGCAAGCGAGCACUUUCCUUUCCCUAAGGAGCAGCAACCAGUCUGGGCUAUGUAAUUGGGAUAUUAUCUGACCCACCAGAGGCUAGCAGUGCCUUGAAGAUUAAUUGAUAAAUGGUGGCAUCAGCUUUUGAGAACUUGCUUUAUCAGAUGCACGAUGGCAGGCCUUGUUUGACAGACCACGAAUGCACAACAAAGGAACAAAAGUAUCAUGAAAUAUAAUGGGGAAGAGUUGCAAAGUGGUAGUGUGUGGGCAAACAUCAGUUGGGAAGACUUCAAUCCUGGAGCAGCUUCUGUAUGGGAAUCAUGUUGUUGGUUCAGAGAUGAUUGAAACCCAGGAAGACAUUUAUGUGGGUUCCAUUGAAACAGACCGGAACAUACGCGAACAGGUGCGUUUCUAUGACACCCGAGGCUUGAGGGAUGGAGCUGCCCAAUGCUCGGAGCUGCCCAAGCAUUGCUUCUCCUGCACGGAUGGAUAUGUGCUGGUUUACAGUAUUGACAGCAAGGAGUCCUUCAAGAGGGUGGAGAUUCUCAAGAAGGAGAUAGAUAAAAACAAGGAUAAGAAGGAGGUGACUAUUGUGGUCUUAGGCAACAAAUGUGAUUUGCAGGAACAACGGCGUGUGGACCACGAUAUAGCCCAGCACUGGGCAAAGGUGGAGAAAGUAAAACUAUGGGAAACCUCAGUUGCUGACCGCCGGAGUCUCAUCGAGCCCUUUGUCUACUUAGCCAGCAAAAUGACGCAGCCGCAGAGCAAGUCCACCUUCCCGCUCAGCCGCAAGAACAAAAGCAGUGGUUCUGUGGAUGGAUGAAAUCUGCAGGUGUUGGACCCACUGUU